AUGUCUCUUACCAAUUGUCGGUUUUACGAGGAGAAGUAUCCGGAGGUGGACAGCUAUGUCAUGGUCAAUGUCAAGCAGAUUGCCGAGAUGGGCGCCUACGUGAAGCUCCUCGAAUACGACAACAUCGACGGCAUGAUUCUGCUCUCCGAACUUUCGCGAAGACGUAUCCGUAGUAUCCAGAAGCUCAUCCGCAUUGGCCGCAACGAGGUUGUGAUCGUGCUCCGUGUGGAUAAGGAGAAGGGUUAUAUUGAUCUGUCGAAGCGACGAGUCUCUCCGGAAGACGUUAUCAAGUGCGAAGAGCGGUACAACAAGAGCAAGGCUGUGCACUCCAUUCUGCGACACGUCGCUGAGGCUACUCAAACUCCCCUUGAGACGCUAUACCAGCAGAUCGCCUGGCCCUUGAACCGGAAAUACGGCCACUCCCACGAUGCGUUCAAGCUCUCGAUCACGAACCCUGAUGCUUGGGCCGACGUCGAAUUCCCCAGCGAAUCCGUGAAGAAGGAGCUGACUCAGUACAUCAGCAAGCGACUUACGCCUCACCCGACGAAGGUCCGUGCCGAUAUCGAAGUCACCUGCUUUGGUUAUGACGGUAUCGAUGCGGUCAAGAACGCUCUGCGGACCGCUGAAGCGGAGAACACCCCCGAGAACCAAAUAAAGGUCAAGCUGGUUGCUCCCCCGCUUUACGUCUUGACUAGCCAGUGCCUGGACAAGGCCCACGGUAUCACGAUGCUUGAAGAAGCCAUCCAACGGAUUGAGACCACGAUCAAGGCGUCGGGUGGUGGUUGCACCAUCAAGAUGGCUCCUAAGGCUGUUACGGAGCACGAUGAUGCUGCCCUCCAGGAGCUUAUGGAGAAGCGCGAGCGUGAGAACAUGGAGGUUAGCGGAGACGAGAGCCAAUCUGAGAGUGACGAGGGCGUUCCCGAAUAA